GUGCAAGUUGCAGCUUUCAACGAUGGAGAUCAAGCCGUCGAUGCGACACGGGCCGGUGACGGUGCUGAGUCCGAGCAGCCACACGGGCAGCUUCGGGAGCUCGGCGCCGGCGUCGCCCGCGGGGCUGAAGAAGCCGAGCUCGAUGGCCACGUCGCUCUUCUCGCUCCAGCUCAAGAAGCUCGUGUCGCGCAAGAAGCGGCGGUUCAUCGAAGAUGGCUUCGACCUCGACAUGACGUAUGUGACGUCGCGCCUCAUUGCGUUCGGGUACCCGGCGGAGAACCUCGAGGGCAUGUACCGCAACCACUACAAGGACGUCUUCAACUGCUUUGAGCAUCGACACAAAGACCACUACAAGGUCUACAAUCUGUGCUCGGAGCGUCACUACGACAAGGACAAGUUUCACAACCGAGUCGCCGAGUACCCCUUCGACGACCACAACCCACCGCCGCUGUCGCUGCUCAUUCCUGCUUGCCAAGACAUUUUUGAGUGGCUUGCGCAGCACCCCGAUAACGUCGCAGCGAUCCACUGCAAAGCUGGCAAGGGACGCACCGGCGUCAUGAUCUGCGCGUACCUCUUGUACAGCUCGACGUGGCUCACGUCGUACGGCGCCAUGGGCUUCUACGGCGGCGCCCGGUCGCUCAACCACCAAGGCGUGACGAUUCCGAGCCAGCGGCGCUUCAUCGAGUACUUUGCCAGUAUGUGCCACAAGGACCAGCCGGAAGAAGCCAAGCAAGCCGAGUUGCACUUGACGCACGCUGACUUUGGGCAACUCUGGGAGAAGCAGUGGCUUACGGACGACCGCACGAGCGACAGCUCCUUCAUGUCGUCGGGCCGCAUGUCCAACGAGCAGCUCGUGGCGCUGCCCAAAGUGUUCGAGCACCUCGCCCUGCCCAAGCCCGUCAACUACAAGCUCGUAUCGUGCGUUGUCCACGGUCUGUACCCCAAGAAGAAGCCGGACAUGCACGUGUUUGUGCAAGUGGGCUUUGACAAGGCGCUGCAGUACAACAUCUCGGUCGCGGGCACGACGCAAGUAUCGAUGGACGACGCGUGCGAGAGCAUGCAGGUGGACAAGCUACAGAUUCUGUGCCCGACGGACCGCCAAACGCUGCUGUGCGGCGAAGUCAAGGUCGAGCUCCGCAAGCGCCAAGGCGGGAAGCCCCUCGGCCACUUUUGGUUCCACACGUCGUUCCUGGACCCGGCGCGGCCGCAGCUCACCGUGCAGAAGGCCGACAUGGACGUGCUCCUCAAGGACGUCAAGAAGGGCCACAAAAAGUUUGCGGAAAGCAUGCACAUCGUACUUAGCAUGGCGCCAGCGUAAACCAAGCAGCAUCAUGUAUCGGCGUCGCACCUUCUUUCCA